AUGGAUGCUAACGUGGAUAUGGACACUAAGGACAGUAAUCAAUCUCCGACCACCCGGCCUGCUUCCUUGACUAGAUCCUUCAGGACCUUCUGCAACUUUUUCCAGUCACCAAGAAAGCGUUACGCGAACUUGGAUCCCAACAGUGGCGUCCAUCUAGUUGGACCGAUGUUUGAGUUGACAGCAUGUAUUGACCACAAACAAAAGUGAGUUGCCCAAAAUCAAGUCGUCCGUUGGGGCUUUUGGAUGGAUGGCCGCACUCCCCAUAGUCAUGCUUUCGUCCACUUUCUCAUAGUUUAAUGCGUUCACAAGAGGGCUCGAUUGAAAAGCUAGUUUGGAAUGGCCUUAUGCGUGCUUUUAAAUUGGCAAAUUUUGCUCGUAUGACGGGAAAGAUCGCAUUUUUUAAAAUUUUCAGUGCGUUGUUUUUACACGUGCAGAAUCUGUUGCCCUGAGUAGACAAAUGCGUGUUUAGCGUAGGAAUUGUGCUCGAGAAAUCGUGGACCCUAUAGGAUUUUUCACGGAAUCCUGGGUUACUGUUUUGCUUAUCGAACAAAUUUGCAGCCGAUCCAUGACUCUGUUGUUGUACACAACCCCUAAUAAGGCCGUCCGGAAAGCUGAAGGGUAGUCAAUGACAAGUGGUUAUUCUAUAGUUCCGGGAAGUGUAUUAAGUAAAGGGUGUUUUCUGAACGGCAAGUUUUAUCACAGCGAAAGUACCAUUCUGAUUAAUUGACUAACGGUUUCAAAAGUGGGGGUCAACACCACUUCGGGAUAAAAGCCGGCGGGCCUUAUACCAAGUUUCGAUCAAUUUUCACUCACAUACGCCGACUGCUGACCCUCGCAUCGAUGCUUAAUAAUUGUAUACUUUCGGCCCUUUAAUUUCUCGCAUGAUCACUUGGAGGAAGGCGCGUAAUCAAUAUGAUUCAUGACGAACACCUUACUCCCUUGCACUUCGUUACCUAAAGUCGUGACAUUAUAAACUGGGGCGGUUAAUCGUUGUGUUAUUUGACAUAGUCUGCCGCCUGUUAACGUAUGAUCAUGGGUUAUUGUGUCGAAUUUUCCCCUCGAGUGCGGUUUUUAAGUUUGCAACUUUACACAAGCAUCUGAUAAAUCUCGAAGGUAUUCGCUCGUCAAAUCACAAGCGGUUACUCUCAAUCACACCGUUACUGUAUUAAGAAAACCGGACCAUUUUCUGCGGAAGAAUCUCUAAAGUCGCGUGCGUAUUUUUCGCAUUUCGAAGUUUCAGGGAAUUAACCAUGCGGCUUCAGAGACCUUUGCGACCGGGAGUGCGUUUUUUACUUCCACCGAGGCCAUUCCCACCGCAGAACACCCCACCCAUUAACGCGAGUUACACCGGGACGGUAAAUUGGAAGUACGGGAUGUGCUCUGGGGACCUGUACCAGCUAAAUAGAUUUUGAAGCCAUGCUAAUAAGUUCCUGCCUUGCCUUUGCAACCUAAUUUUUCUAGUCGGCUAUAAGUUGUCGCCUCGUAUAUUUUAUACUUCGGAGAUGCGCUUGUGUUAGAAUCUGCCUAUCGUAAAGUGGCGUAACAUUUAGCUGCGCCAAGCCGUGGACACGAUAAUGAUUUGCCCAGCAAAUUUUUAGGUCCGUGUUGUGCUUAUGCCAAAACGGAUUUUGCAGGCAAUCAUCCAAAGGAGCGCUUCAUCGCACCUUUCUCCUUGUCGUCCUUGGAAGCCGUGAUAAUUGCAGUCGUUCUUUGCCUGCAACGCCUUUUGUCUGCGCGCUACCGUGUUCCUCAGUUCCUUCUUCCAAAGAAUACUUAUUUCAUCGAACGGUGUGCGGGAGUCUGGCCAUUCAUGAGGUCUAUUGUAACACGUAGACCGUCCUGUCCAUUUCGCUUUAAUGUCACGUCUGGCGUUUGGUGUAGAAUAAUAUCCGGCCUUGUACAUUUAACACGUACACUUGUGCGGUCUUAUUUAUCUAACGUUUAGCCAACGAUACGCCUAUUGCACAAGGUUUCUGGAGACAUAUGCGUUGAUGUCUAUUUAUCUGAAGUUUCGUCAGUUCGCCCCUUAAUCAUACUGCUUCAGAAUCCGCUCACAAAACCUCGAACAAUGAAUCCAGACAAUAGGUCUUUGGCCUGCCUAAAGUGUCAGACGCCGCAUUUAAUGUCCAUGCGCUCAGCCUCGUCAAUAUGAAACUUGUUUAACAAAAUUUCCCGGACUCGUGGUUUGGAAGGGUGAACAAAAAGGUAGAGUGUAACAAGUUGACUGAAGUUAAAAGGAAUGCCACUUACCCAAGUAUUAUACGUUGGAUUUUCUGGGGCAAACUUUCGCCUGUUAUGAAAGCGUCCUUACGGGCGCCAAAUAAAACUAUGUAGUGGUUUCCGUUUAUGUAUUUAUUAAACACUUAUGCUUGUUGAACUCCUUACCCAGUCGUUACUUGCACACUUGGUCACUAGCCACCCUUCUUCAUGACCAUAACACUUCCCUGUGCGUAUGUGAAAACAAUGUGUCGUUAACUUCGUUUGGCUCCUUGUGGGAGAACUGUCAGAGGGUGUCCAUUUUUGGGUUCACAGACAGCUUUUGAGGGCCCUGUGUUUGCUAGAAUCAACUGUUCCUCGUACAAAAACUGUCUAUCUAGUUUUCUUUCAUUGUUUUUUGGAAAUACUGCAGUCGUCCAGAAAUGUAUUUUGUGUUCUUGCUCUCAAACCAAAGGCCUUGUUUUCCCAUUUUUUCUUUUUGCAGCGUUGAGGACUUUGAUGCAUACUAUCCAGAUUCUGGAUUAUCCUACGGACCAACUAUUUGUUCCUUUGGACUCCCUUAUAAUGUAAUGUUCUUAUUAACUAACCUAGUUGAAACUGUAGGACCACAAUUAUGCCUUCCCGGUUGGUCUUACACCGCCCGCAAUGGCGCCGCACCUAAUGGAUCUACCACUGGCAAAAGUCUCGAACCUUACGACCGCUUCAGUAACUCAGUCUUCUCCUACAGUCUCCCGCGUUGAUCUGGGUAACUUGAAGAGUACGGUGGUUUCCACCUCCGCGAAAACUCCACCUAAAGAGGGAACAACGCCUUCUGUGUCUCUGCGUCCCAACAAAGCCACGCCCAAAGUAUUUCCACCUGUGACCAAACCUAGUCACUCACCUAUAACUUUUGACAUAGCUGACGCCACGGCUGGUCUUUCGGAACCCAAAAAAACGCUUUUUGGGGCUUGGCACGCAAAAGCUGCUGCAAGUGGUGGUACAUUGGUUGUGCAGCAAAGAUGGAAGGACCAAGAGCCACCUGCGGUACUACGCUACAACAAAGUUCCCCCUAAAAUGGUCGAGGACAUGGAACUGCGUUACGAUCCUGAGAUGAAGGUAACCUCGACCUAUUUUAAUCAACUUAAAUAUUUUCCCCCAUGUUACGGACUGGUUAACUGUAUGCGUCCUACUAAAUCUGUGGCACGCUUCCGUCAAACCAUCAGAAAAAGACUGACGCAAGAGAGCUUGACCAUCAUUAAGCACUGACCGAGCGUGCCGAAAUUAUGAGAUGCGUUUUACCCGCAGUAGUUGCCAUUCACUAUGUCUUUAACUAACUGUUCUGUAGGCGAUGAAAAACAGGAUGUGGAUUGUGUCAGGACAAUACUGUUAUGGAUGCAACAGCCUUAAUUCAUAUUGACCCAACUGUGAAAAACUCGACGCCUCGGUGGGAUUCGAACCCACGCUGUGAGGGGAAGGCUUUAGUACAGCCAACGCUCUAACCACUUCAGCUACGAGGCCCCGCCGGACAACUCGAGUUUAAUCACAGUUGCGUCAAUAGGAAUUGUUCAAAGUCUGCCAAAAGAUCUAUGAAUUAUGUGAGCCUGGUAGUCAUCUGGUGGAUUCUGGGUGAAUUACUUAGGAAAUCCUGCUUGGGCAGUCAACUUACUGUAUCAGGUUGGACAGGUAACUUGACCCAAAUGUGAUUAAACUCGCGUUAUCCGGCGGGGCCUCGUACCUCAAGUGGUUAGAGCGUUGGCUGUACAAAAGCCUUCCCCUCAUUGCGUGGGUUCAAAUCUCACCGAGGCGCCGAGUUUUUCACAGUUGGGUCAAAAUGUAUUAUUCAAAAUCCUCCAAAACAUCUAUGAACAACAGCCUUACUCCUCGUAUGCCGACAGCGCGAAAAGUAACUGCAUCCAACAACAGUUGAGAGAAACCCCGCUUACGAGAUCUACUUAUCUGUCAAGUGAACUUAUUGCCGGGUGCCGCCGUUCCUAUUCAGUGUUGUUGAGAAUAUUUCACUGUCUAAUGCCUAUGCGACUUUUCCCUUCAUCUCAUCAGUACGCUGCCAAGACGUCAGUUUUCAACUGAGCGGCGUUUUGAGUUACAUUAUGUUAGGCUCGUGAACCUGGACUAAACUGCUUUAGUUUAGCAAUAGGGACCUCCCGUUUCGUUGGUUUCCAAAAAUCUCAGCCAUAGGGGUCCGCUCAUCGCAGGGCAGGAUAGCUGGCGUCUGCUGCGGCCAAACUACUAACUACCCUUUAAUUUGGCCUUUGUUACUGACAAGUUUGAUUUUGGAUCAUCUCGGACCCACGUGUUUUACUCUGACUGGUAAAGACAUAGGCUGGAGGAUAUUAAAUUAAUCUUGGCCAUUGUUUGUGGUUUUUGAGCUUCAUACACCAAGUUGCUCGUUUAACAUUCGGUGGUUGAUUUGCACCUCAACGCUAGUUUGUCGUCAGUACGCAAAUGCACUUACGUUGCGGUGUUUGUCCUUCUAACUGCGGACUUAGAUGGUGUUCAAAUAUCGCGUGAUUCACCUUACUAACAGCAUAGGCAUUAGCUAAAAGCCCGGACACGUGUUUCGCCGGCAUUCUGCCGCCUCAUGACAACUGCGAGAGGAUGGGCUCAUCAGUGGGUCCCCUAGCAUUCCCAAUGCCUUUUCUGGUAAACAAUCCAGCCCUGAAAUCUCCGCCUUUAAUCGCUAACUUGGAGUUCAUCAGUAGGAGUUAAGCCUUAUAGGCUUAGUCCGAAAGUUGACGAGUAUUUGAGCCGAAAUCCCUCGACUACAGCCGGAUAACAAUGUAAUAUUAAACUACCAACAGCCAUCUAGUAGUACGCAAAUGUUGCAUGAAGCUGGGUAGUAUUUUCAAUGGUGGCGCCCUUGCCUAUAUGUAGUCAGUUUGUGAUGUCUGUAUCAGCCCAUGUGGCAGUCAAUUUCUUACUGUUUUUUGCUUUGCGGACAGAUUUUCGAGGUGCCGGACGAUAUCUGUGUUUCACCAUCUCAGCUCAGUGGUCUCGACAGCGAAUCCUCUGACGAGGAAUCAUCGCAGCCCCAACAGUUACCAUCUGCGAAUCAACCGCAGAACCCAAUCGAAUCUUCGGUACUGUUUUGA